AGCGAUAGUGUGUGAACCGGAUAAUAUGAUUAUUGUCGAAAUAAUAAUAAUAUUCACUGCAUAGUUCGCAUACAGGGACAGCAGCAGGGACAACGCAACAAGAAUAGUACAUACGUUGUGCAGGAGCGCCGCGCGGGAAUUAACGAGGCCCACUAAUUCGUGCCUAGCGCCUGGCUGACUGGACUAUUACUACUCCCCUGUCCCGUCUUUCGUUCUCUUCUGCCCUUCUCUUCUUCCUCACACACCAACACUCAUUUGUUGACUAUCGCUCCCUCCCGGUCGUUUUAUACACCGAUUACACUCGUUGUUCAUCGCGAUAUAACCAGCAGACACUCCUUCGUCUCAACCACAUCUUGUCUUUGCUUCUUGUGGAAUUUUCCCAGCUUAUACAUCACCAACCGACACAAUGCGUUUCACUGCUGCCGUCCUUGCCUUCGCCGCUGGCGCUUGCGCUACUUCUGCCUCUUCUGCCAUCACAGAGGUCGUCACUACCUUCGAGACCUACUGCCCUGAGGCCACCAGCUUCGUUGCUGGCGGCUCGACCGUCCAUGUGACCACUCCCGGCACCUACACCCUAAGCGGAUCCUACACCGUGACUCGCCCUCUACUCUCUUCCACCAUUACCGUCUGCAACUCAUGCGCCAGCUCUAGCGCCCCCGUUCCCCUGGGCACUGGCUCCCCAGCCCCCUACACCAGCGUUACUCCUGCUCCUGCACCAGGUUCUCCCGGCUCGACCACCAAGCCCUCCACUCCAGCCUUCACUGCUGGUGCGGCUCCUGCUGUUGCUGGUGCCGGUGCUGGUCUUGCUGCCGUCCUUGGUGUUGCUGCGGCUCUUCUCUAAACACUUCGUUUCGUUUGAAACACUUCAUCCGACCUGCGAUUUCCCUUGGACGGUGAUGUGGUAGACAAAAAUACUGAGACGAUGGAAAGCUUACGAUACUUCUUCGAUUCGACGUUGAGGCGUUUUGUAAUAUAGAUGUUCGGGAAAUCUAAACUUGGAUAUCAUAUUUUUCUCAUUUUGACUCUUGAUCUCAUGCGAACCCGUCUUUGAAGACAGCGUAUGGAGAUGGUCCGAUAUUGCUUCUUUCAUAUCUCGACGUCGAGCGAGAUGUAUAUUCAUCGCCAUUUUGCAUUCAUUGUAUUCAAUUGAUUCCCUAUUUUUACUAUUACAAUAUGGUCUGGUCUAGUCUAAUUGAUAUGGUUUGUUCAUUA